CGCGACUACAUUGAUAAUGCCAACUUUUCAACAAUUCAGGCGCUUCAACAACGCACAUGGUUGAUCCACUGGUCUGUGUUGGUAUUCUUUAACCAUCCCAAGGGACGCGAUUUAAUUAUUGACAUGUUCCUAUAUAAGCCUCUCUACCUAAAUGCUAUACAGACAAUGUGUCCACACAUUAUGCGUUACUUGGCUACCGCCGUCAUCAUUAAUCGUACACGCCGCAAUGCGCUCAAGGACCUCAUCAAGGUGAUCCAGCAAGAAUCAUAUACUUACCGUGACCCCAUUACCGAAUUCCUGGAAUGUCUGUACGUGAAUUUCGAUUUCGAAGGCGCUCGUCUGAAGUUGCACGAAUGCCAAACAGUAAUUUUAAAUGACUUUUUCAUUGUCGCUUGUUUGAACGAAUUCGUCGAGGAUGCCCGCCUUAUGAUCUUCGAAACUUUCUGUCGUAUUCACCAAUGCAUCACUAUUAGCAUGCUUGCCGACAAGCUUAACAUGAAGGCCAAUGAAGCGGAAUGCUGGAUUGUAAAUUUAAUUCGUAAUGCGCGUUUAAAUGCCAAAAUCGAUUCAAAACUGGGUCAUGUGGUGAUGGGUACUCAACCACUGAGUCCAUAUCAGCAGCUUGUGGAAAAGAUUGACUCCUUGUCGAUGCGAUCCGAACAUUUGGCUGGUUUAAUUGAACGCAAGAGUAAGCAAAAGAAUCCGGAGUCGGUCGAUUCGUGGAAGUAUUAUUAAGGUAAUGCUGCUAAAUAUUGAUGAAAAUAACAAAUUUUGUAACAAGCUUAAAUUACGAAGACAAGUAAAGGGAUUCGACAUCUUGCUUACGAGUUCGUUCAGGGAGGAGUAAUUAUAAAUAAUGUCAACAAUUAAUUUUUUUAUUAACCUUGUAAAAACCAAAGCGGCUAGAAUAAAACAACAACUUCUAUUCGGGCUGCCACAUGAAAGAU